AUGUUUGGGAUUCAGGAAAAUAUACCAAGAGGUGGGACGACCAUGAAAGAAGAACCGCUGGGCAGUGGGAUGAACCCCGUCCGCUCAUGGAUGCAUACUGCUGGGGUAGUGGAUGCUAACACGGCCGCCCAAAGCGGCGUGGGGCUGGCUCGGGCACAUUUCGAGAAACAGCCGCCUUCCAAUCUCAGAAAAUCCAAUUUUUUCCACUUCGUCUUAGCUCUGUACGACAGGCAGGGACAGCCGGUGGAGAUUGAGAGAACAGCUUUUGUGGACUUUGUGGAGAAAGAGAAAGAGCCAAACAAUGAAAAAACUAACAAUGGGAUUCAUUAUAAACUUCAGUUAUUGUAUAGCAAUGGAGUUAGGACAGAGCAGGACCUGUACGUUCGGCUAAUAGACUCCAUGACCAAACAGGCCAUCGUGUACGAAGGGCAAGACAAGAACCCCGAGAUGUGCCGGGUGCUCCUGACACACGAGAUCAUGUGCAGCCGGUGCUGUGACAAGAAAAGUUGUGGCAACAGAAACGAAACCCCCUCAGACCCCGUUAUCAUUGACAGAUUCUUUCUAAAGUUUUUCCUCAAGUGCAAUCAGAACUGUUUGAAGAAUGCAGGCAACCCACGAGACAUGCGAAGAUUCCAGGUUGUUGUAUCAACAACAGUCAAUGUGGACGGCCACGUGCUGGCUGUCUCAGACAACAUGUUUGUACACAACAAUUCCAAACACGGGAGGCGGGCUCGCCGCCUUGACCCCUCAGAAGGUACGGCCCCUUCUUAUCUGGAAAAUGCAGCUACUCCGUGCAUAAAGGCCAUCAGUCCUAGUGAAGGCUGGACUACUGGUGGGGCUACUGUCAUCAUAAUCGGAGACAACUUCUUUGAUGGCUUACAAGUCGUAUUUGGAACUAUGUUGGUCUGGAGUGAGCUGAUAACACCCCACGCCAUCAGAGUUCAAACACCACCACGGCACAUUCCAGGAGUUGUUGAAGUAACCCUGUCCUACAAAUCCAAACAGUUCUGCAAAGGUGCUCCCGGCCGAUUCGUCUACACUGCGCUUAAUGAACCCACCAUAGAUUACGGCUUCCAGAGGUUGCAGAAAGUUAUUCCUCGACAUCCAGGUGAUCCCGAAAGGUUACCAAAGGAAGUAUUACUUAAGAGAGCAGCAGACCUUGUGGAAGCCCUAUAUGGGAUGCCCCAUAACAACCAGGAAAUAAUCCUGAAACGAGCAGCUGACAUUGCUGAGGCGUUGUACAGCGUGCCCCGCAACCACAACCAGAUCCCCACUCUAGCCAACACUCCCGCCCACACCGGCAUGAUGGGCGUGAACUCCUUCAGCAGCCAGCUCGCCGUCAACGUCUCCGAAACAUCGCAAGCCAACGACCAAGGUUACAGUCGCAACACAAGCAGUGUUUCCCCGCGAGGAUAUGUUCCCAGCAGUACUCCUCAGCAGUCCAAUUACAACACAGUCAGCAAUAGCAUGAAUGGAUAUGGCAAUGCCGGCAUGCCCAAUCUAGGUGUACCAGGUUCCCCUGGAUUUCUUAAUGGCUCCUCAGCUAACUCUCCUUAUGGCAUAGUGCCGUCAAGCCCUACCAUGGCAGCCUCUUCGGUCACCCUCCCUUCAAACUGUAGCAGUACACACGGCAUUUUCUCAUUCUCACCUGCCAAUGUCAUCUCUGCAGUGAAACAAAAGAGCGCCUUCGCUCCUGUUGUCAGGCCCCAAGCCUCUCCUCCACCAUCUUGCACCAGUGCAAAUGGAAAUGGACUUCAAGGUGAGCCCCAUCUCUCUCAAUUUUCUCUCUGUUGCUUCUUUUUUUUAUUUUUUUUUUCUUUUGGUGCUUUUUUCUUGGGGAGAAAGGUACCUGGCUGUUUUUUUCAGUGCUCUCAUAGUGAUGCAAAAGCAGGGGGAGAAAUAGGGUAGCAUGAACGGUGUGCUGAGAUUUUCAGGUUUUUAGUUCAUUUCUGAUGCUUGCAUUAGAGCAAACACCAGUUGUUUUUCUGGCAUUUGCCCUUAGGAAUUCGUGCCUUAAAUUUUAAAGGAAGACUGUAUCCCUGAAUGUCUCUUGGAGGGUUUGUGCGCUCCUGGUGUUUAUAUGAUUCCUGAACACAUUUCUGUGGAUGUUUAAACCCAACAGUGUUCUGGCAGGACACAGUGUGAUUUCCU